AUGGCACUGAAGCCCUGGCUCACGUGCACUUGCAUCCUACUUGUUGUGGCUUGCGCUGUGGCUCUUGUGUGUCUCUGCGUCGCCACGUUUGCCGGCGGCCGCUGUUCCAGCCGCAGCUUCAGGCGCGCGGCCGUGGCUGCGGACUCCAAACUCUGCUCCGAGAUUGGCAAGAACAUGCUUGAGCAGGGAGGCUCGGCAGUAGAUGGCGCCAUCGCUUCUCUUCUGUGCACAUCUGUGGUGAACCCUCAGAGCAUGGGAAUCGGAGGAGGCUCCAUAGUGCUUGUAAAAAAUAAAACAGGCGGCGCUACAGUCUACAACUUCAGAGAGACCGUCCCACAAGCAUUCAAGACCAACCUACUAGACGACUGUCCCACUACAUUCAGAAUGUCCACAGGCAGUCAGUGGAUUGGUGUUCCUGGAGAGCUGCGGGGCUACGAGGUCCUUCACCAACGGUACGGAAAGCUGCCUUGGGCCAAGCUGUUCGAGCCAACGGUCAAACUGGCCAGGGAGGGCAUCCCCUUGCCGCCAUUUCUGGCUUAUUUAUUCAGCUCGCCCAUUGUGAAAAAUCAUGUGGAGAACUCAUCUUUAUGUGAAGUUUUUUGCAACAAGAACAAAACCAUCCUGAGGAAAGGGGACACUUUGAGGAUGCCUAAGUUUGCAGAAACCUUGGAAACCAUUGCAACUCAAGGGGUAGAUGCCUUUUACAGUGGCAAGAUAGGACACAACUUAAUCCAAGACGUAAAGGCUGCAGGUGGGACUUUGGAAAUGGAGGAUCUGAAGUCCUUUCAGGUGCAGGAGGACAGUGCGUGGACAGUUUCCCUGGGGGAUACUCAGAUGCACAUCCCUCCACCUCCUUCUGGAGGGGCGCUGCUCGUUUUCAUUCUCCAAAUCAUGAAAGGUUUGAUUUCUUCUGUAAUGAUUAUAAAUUUGAUUUAUGGAUGAAUGAUUAAAAACAUGGGGCAGCACGGUGGCGCAACUGGUAGAGCUGCUGCCUCUCAGCGAGGUGCUGAUCGUUUAAUUGAUCCCUCAUUUACUGAUCACAUCAGAAAGAUGAUUACUUCAAACCGUACUCACGACAACUCUUACUACAAUAACAUCAAGCCUCCUCCUGACCACCUGGGGACAACUCAUGUCUCCGUCCUGGAUGAGGACGGAUUGGCUGUCUCUGCCACCAGCACCAUAAACCAAAUAUUCGGAGGAGGUGUUUACUCUCCACAGACGGGCAUCGUCCUGAACAACGAGCUCGCUGAUUUUUGCUGGCGAGCAAACACGCUGAGGGCAGGUGAGCGGCCUCCCUCCUCAAUGACUCCGGUGAUACUGGAGUCAAAAUCUGGAAGGAUAAUUGUGAUUGGUGGAUCAGGAGGAAGCAUGAUUACCACAGCAAUGGCUUUGUCCCUAAUAAACCGUCUCUGGCUCGGGAUGAGCUUGAAAGAUUCAAUUGCCGCUCCUGUUGUUUUUGUCGAUUCACAGAACAAUCUGAACUUUGAACAAGGAUUUGAUGAGUCAGUGAUACAAGGCCUUAGAGCUCUUGGACACAAAGUUGGAAACUGGGAAUUCUUUUUUAAUGUUGUCAACGGCUUGGAACAAGAGAAUGGCUGCAUAGAGGCUGUGUCAGACAGCAGGAAGAUGGGAAUGCCUGCUGGAUACUAACUGUGAGGAAGGGUAACCUUUCACAAACCUCUUUUUAUAGACUGACUGAAAUGACCUUAGGAACAAUGAAUGUUCUGCAACUCUGUCAACAAAAUGUGAAAAAAUUGUGCUCUGGGUGUUUUUAU